CACCGAAGAUGCUGAGGAAAUAACACCAUAUGCAUGGUGCUAUAAAUUGGAGAACGUCUAUUUUCAUGAUACACCAUCAAGGAGAUCCAUAUCUUUCUUCUCCUAUGGCUAGUCGAAAAAACAGAUCUCUUGUUCUCAGGUUAAUUGUAACUGCAAUCGGUUCUUUUCUAUUUGUUGGGCCUUGUGGGGCCUCAGGAGGAAGGAGGGGUCGGUGGCGACUCCUUAUGAAUAACACGGGCGUGGUCCCGAUGCACAUGGCCCUGACUCAUCUCAACACUGUUGUAAUGUUUGAUCAGACGGGGUUUGGCCCGUCGAGUUACAGGCUGCGUAAGCGUCUUAGAGGGAAGAAAAGGUGUAAAGCUACGGGGGCUGACUUGACAGACACAUCUUGCUAUGCGCACUCUAUUGAGUACGAUGUUUCUAGCAACAGGAUCAGGGCACUGAGGCUUGACACUGAUCCCUGGUGCUCCUCGGGGUCUUUUCUGAGCAAUGGCACGCUCCUUCAGACUGGAGGAUACAGGAAGGGCUCGCGCGGGAUCCGCUACUUUAAGCCCUGCAACAGUGAUUGGUGUGACUGGAGGCAGUCUAAGAGAUCGUUAUCGGUCCAGAGGUGGUAUUCCUCCAGUCAGUUACUCCCUGAGGAGGGCAAUCGGGUUAUUCUAGUCGGAGGGCGAAGGGCGUUCUCUUACGAAUUCGUGCCCAAGCAUUCAUCCACGGACAGGUCUCACGAUCUUCCUUUCCUGCACCGAACACAUAACCGGGAUAAUGAUGAGAACAACCUCUAUCCCUUUCUCCACCUUUCCUCAGACGGAAACUUGUUCAUUUUCGCCAACCGCGACUCAAUCCUCUUCAAUUAUAGAAGAAAUAGGGUGGUCAAGACCUUCCCUCGAAUCCCAGGGCGAGGAUCGCGGAACUAUCCAAGCUCUGGUUCGUCCGUGAUCCUUCCAUUGGAGCACGGCAACGGUUUUCAGAAGGUGGAAGUGAUGCUUUGUGGAGGUUCCGCCCCUGGAGCUUAUGAAGCUGCGGGCCAAGGGAAGUUCUUGAAGGGACUCCAAACUUGUGGUAGAAUGGUGAUCACAGGCAAUAGGCACAGGUGGAAAAUGGAGAAGAUGCCAAAGCCCCGGUUGAUGCACGAUAUGGUAAUCCUCCCGACGGGCCAGAUCUUGAUCGUCAAUGGUGCCAGACGAGGCGCCGCUGGGUGGAACAGGGCGACCGGCCCAUCCCUCCGGCCUUAUCUGUAUGAUCCGACCAAAGAAUCGGGGACAAGGUUCUCCAUCAUGAGGUCCACAAAGGUAGCCCGAAUGUACCACUCAUCAGCUAUUCUCCUGCCUAAUGGGAGAGUCCUAGUGGGCGGGAGUAACCCGAACAAGGUGUACACCUUGGCGAAUGUGACAUACCCAACUGAGCUAAGGCUGCAAGAAUUUAUCCCGCACUACAUGGACCGGCAAUACCACAACCUCCGGCCGCAGAACCUGUCAGUGCAAUACAAUAGCAGUAGUGACUCUGGAGUCGGGUAUGGAGGAGAAUUCACGGUCAGGUUCCGGCUUGGGAGGAGGUGGCAAAGCAAGGCGGUCGAGUUCACGGCUUACGCCCCACCCUUCACGACCCACUCGGUGGCGAUGAAUCAGAGGAUGCUUUGGCUGCAUGGUGCGAGCAUGGUGAGGGAACAGGGAGGGUGGGUGAGGGCGACGGUGGAGGCUCCUCCGUCACCGGAAGUUGCACCGCCAGGCUAUUACAUGCUGACCGUUGUUAAUGGCGGGAUUCCUAGCUUCUCUCACUGGGUUAGGUUCAUAAAUGCCUGAAUAAAAGGCCCAUCCUGAUCCGUGUGAGAUCCAAUGGGCCGAAAAUGAGAGUUGGGCUCAAAAUGUGGCUCAUCCAUACGAAAUCGGUGGGCCGUGAUGGACGGACCACUACAUAUAUGAUGACGUCAUUCAUCAUGCAAUAAGGCGAGUCAAUUAGACCAAUCUUGAUGGAGAUAAUUCCGGUGGAGUCAAACCAACCUUUUCCAUGUGCCUAAUAAUAUAAUAUUGUUUCAGUAAUUGAUUUCAGAGAAA